AUGGGUGUGAAGAUGGCUGAAUGCGAACCUCCUCCAGUACCCGGCUUCUCUGAUUCAAUAUCCUCUUGCUCCUCGACGACUCUAUCCAUACCUAGCUCCCAAGCUCCCUUCGAACCGAACUUCCUGCCUUACUGGGCUCGUUACGAGACAAAGUGUGCUCAGGACCUAUUGGACUACUCCGACGAGCCAAUCGAGUACGAUCACGACGACGAGGACUAUCGCGACAACUGCUUCUUUUUCCCGGAAGACUGCUCGUGGACACCACCAAAAGAUUGCCUUGCGGAGACACAUCGCGCAUCAACACAGGAGGAACCCGACACCCAGGUGGAGGAAUACGCGCCUUCGGUAGGGCAAGACACCGACACCGACACCGACAUUAUGAUUCCCGGUCUCCCCGAUAUCAAGAUGCUGGAUGCGGAGGCCCUAAGCGACCUCUUGGAAGAUAACCUAUCCCCGCCAGAGAUCACAACGAUCAUUGUCUUCGCAACAAACGGCGCCGUCUUCGCCCACGGUUCCUCCCUCCCCUCGCGCCAACUGCGCAACCUCAGCGCAACCUACGGCGCCGCCUACACAUGCUACGCGAAGACAGCCUCAAGCGGCAACCUGACGGGCAUCAACCCAGCCAGCCAUCCUUCCUCCUACGUGACGGCCAAGUCGAUGUCGCUAGGCGACGUAGGCUCCAUCGUCUUCGAACUUGACGAUUCCGUCGCCGUGGUAACCCGGAUCGCGGAUAAAGUCCUCGUGGCCGCCGUCGGCCCAUCCAGACUAGACGCACCGGAGCCAAAUGGCGCCACCAACGCCGACUCUAUCGCAGCUGAUACCGAUGCUGGUAAUGGAACUUCUACGCCUGAGGGCUCGCAGGGUGAUACCUCGCGCACACUGGCUGCCGUGCCUAUUUCUCCAAACCCGCCUCACAACGGCCACCGAGACCCGCAGUUUGAGAUCGACCGCAGCGUGGAUCUUGCGCGUCUGUCUAGCUUGAACCUCUCUGCUUCGCCGUCUGUCUUGCUUGCGCUGGAGUCAAAAUGCGCUGCGCUAGCACGCUUCCUGGGGGAGAAGCUGAAUGACCUAGAAAGUCCUGAGGAUUUCUGA